AGCGCCGACCGGGCUGGAGCCAACGGCCUGGACGCCGACGCCGCGAGCACCGAGCAGCACGGCCGCAGCAGCACCUUGAUCGCGCAGCUCCAUGAGACCGUGAAAAGAAAACUUGAUAGUGCUGCUUCCCCUCAGAAUGGAGAUCAACAGAAUGGGUAUGGGGAUAUGUUUUCUGUGUCCAAGAAAUUACGUCAUGAGGAUCUUGCUGGGGUAAGUGGCUCAUCCAAUGGCAUGCCUCCUUUAUCGCCACUACAUCAACUUGACAAGAAAUCUUCUGGUGGAGAUACCCUACAGGUCAAUGGAAAGCGUUCAAUAGGAUUGGAUAGCAUCAACAAAAAGUGUCCUCCAGAUUCUAACCUUCACAUGAAUGGACGUAGUGAUGCUGAUGAUUCAUUUCCUUUGAGUUUGAACAAAGAGCUCAAGCAAGAGCCAGUAGAUGAUCUUCCUUGUAUGAUUGCUGGAGCAGGCGGUUCUAUAUCUCAGAACAACUUGAUGCCUGAUCUUAAUCUUAAUGAGCAGUAAUGGAAGGAGCUCAUUGAUGAACUUAAUAGAUCAGUGCCUGAUGAAGACAUGAAGGAUCUAUUUAAUGAAGACUUUGAGGAGAAGAAGGAUGCAGAUUCUUCAAAUUCAGCUGCACAAACUCCAUUGCCCCAGGACAUUAACAUAAAGACUGAAUAUUCCCCAGCAGCCUUUGAGCAGGAACAGAUAGGGUCUCCACAAGUCAGAUCCACUUCUUCAGGUUCAGCAUUCAUUGGGGCCUCCUCUAUACCUGUUAGUGCUGCUUCUUCAGCAGUUGGUGGUUCUCAAACUAUGUUCCAGCCUUCCAGUCAGCCAUUGACUGAAAAUCCUAAUCAGUCCAUGAUGCAGGCAUCAAACCCAUCUCAAAAUGUGCAGAGGCCUCUACCCAAUGUAUUGUUAUCUGGACAGGGCACAGGAAAUGCCAAAGAAAUGUCCUCUGCUCACCAACUUCAACAGAUAGCUGCUAAGCAGAAAAGAGAACAGAUGUUGCAGAACCAGCAGCAGGCUUCACAAGUCCACCAAGCCAAUCAGAUGUCCAGCUGGCAGCAGUCUGGACCUUCUCAUAGUCCACUGGGUGUCCCCUACACAAUGGAGAAUCCCACCAGUCCUUCAGUUUACCAACAGGACUUCAGUAACCAGAAACUCAUCAUUCCUGGUAUGGCAAAUAAGAAUUCUCCCAGGACUGGAGGCAAUUACCAUGUGAAUAUGUUGAGUCAUCAGCCAAACAGCCUGAACCAGAAUCCUGUAAAUAGCCAAGGCUCCAUGCUGGACUAUGGCAACACAAAACCUCUUUCACAUUAUAAAGCGGAGUGUGAGCAAGGAGUUACAGUACCUGGCCAGAGCAAGACACCUAUAUUGGCAUAUCUGCAGCAACGCCAACAACAAUCACUGCCUCAUAUGAGUGAAGAACAAAAUGGGAUGUUUGUGAUGAAGCAGAAGCCUGGAAAUAUUGCCUACAGACCUCUAGUACCACACAGUCAGGAUCAAAACCCUUCUCCCAGUGUUCCUCGUGUUCCUGUUUCUGUCCCAGGCCCUGGAGUCAGUACUCAGCCUUCCAGUGUUUCCCUGGCAGGUAACCAUAACAACACAGCCUAUCUCAGCAAUCAGCAGCAAGCAGUGGUAAUGAAGCAACACCAGAUGUUACUGGACCAGCAGAAGCAGCAACAAAAGCAUCUGCUGAUGGAGCAACAGAAGCAGCAGUUCCUAAUAGGACAGAGGCAGCAACAACUCCUUGCUGAACAGGAAAAGCGGCACCAACAAGAGCAGCAGCUGCAGCGGCACCUGACCCGACCACCCCCUCAGUACCAGGAUCAGGCACAGAACCCAUACCAGCAGCAGGUUGGACAGUUCACAGGGUCAUCUCCAUCCAUGACUGGUGUAAGUAACUUGGGACAGUCCAACUCCAGCAGUCCGCGGAUGUUUUCUCAGACCCAGAACAUGAUUCAGAUGGGACCUGGACACAGCUCUGUUCCUUCUUUGCAAUCAGGCUCCAGUCAGCAGGAUCGGGGUGUGACUCAGUACACUAGUAUGCAAAACAUUCAGCGAGGGGGGCUGUACAACAUGACAUCUGGUAUGACACAGAUGAUUUCACACCAUGCAAAUCAAAGUGCCAACGGACAACUACAGAUGCAAAGGCAGCCCAGCUUGGGUCAGGGCACUCCUGUUCCUGCUGGCUAUGGGCAGAGCACCCUGGGAAACCCAGCCAUUUCUCAGCAGCACAAUAAAGGGGCACUGAAUCCAGCCAUGGGCAAGUCACAGAUGGCAAGAGUGCCAGCAGGUAUUGGGGCCCAAAAUCCAUCUUGGCAACACCAAGGUAUGCCUAAUAUGAAUAAUCAGACACAAGGAAACGGUGGCUUAGGGUCAUUUACUGCCAGCUCCACUUUCCACAUGCAGCAAACUCACCUAAAGAUGGCCAGUCAACAGUUUGCUCAAGGGAUACCUCAGGUAAACCUAAGCACCAGCAGAUCAAUGGCCUCCAUGAACUCUGCUGUCUCUGGGCAGAUGUUGUCAUCUUUAGGUGCGCAGCAGAGGACAAACCCGCCUACCCAACAGCAGGUAUCCUCCCAACAAGUCUUGCCUAGCAUGAGCCAGGCCGUUCCAGAUCUGACCGCUUUUGGCCAGAAUGCAAAUCAGCAGCUGCCCAGUAGAGCCACUCUGCACUGUACUCAAGGUUACUCAGUGAGGACAACCAGUCAGGAGCUGCCUUUUGCCUACAGCGGCCAAUCAGGCAAUAAUGGACUGCAGAGCUUGACUGGUGACACAGACCUGAUAGACUCUUUGCUGAAAAACAGGACUUCAGAGGAAUGGAUGAAUGACUUGGAUGAGUUGUUAGGAACUCAUUAAAAUGGGGCUUGGGGGUUUCUACAUCGUUUUUUAAUUUCAUGAAAUAUAAACUACACUUGGACCAAAAACCUGUGGCAUUGAAGAGACUUGCAGGCAAUAGAGGUAAAUGGUUGGGAAAUGGAAUGGGGCUACUUCCCAACAGGCUCUGACUCAGAAUGGUGCACCAAGCAGGUCUGCAAUGACCAUGCUAAUUUUUGUGGCAUCUGAAGAAGAUUGCACAUUUGAACAGGUCAGGCAAAUUGUGUGCAUCCCAAUCAGCCCUUCAGAAAUCUCUUGCUGUGUUUUGAAACUUUACGUUUUUAAUUAUUUAAAAGUAAAUAAAACCC